AUGCAAUACGAAGAGAACAGUAACAAGUUGGCUUCAAAGAGGUGGUAUGCAUCUGCCCAAACAUUGGCAAAUGGGCAAGUAUUUGUGGCGGCCGGAAGCCUCAACGCAAGAGACCCUACGAAUUUUAGCAACAACAAUCCGACAUACGAACUUCUCAACAACAACGGCAUAAGUGAGGGAAUAGACUAUCGAAUGAAUAUCCUGGUCAAGAAUCAGCCAUACUGGAUGUAUCCGUUCCUCCACCUCCUCUCAAAUGGAUUACUGUUCAUCUUCGUCGACAAGUCAUCUGAGAUCUUUGACGUAGCGACGAAUUCUACUGUCAAAGUAAUGCCAGACUUGCCUGGAAUGCACCGUACAUAUCCCAACACUGGUGGGAGCGUGAUGCUUCCACUACGGAAGGAGAACAAGUAUGAAUCUGAAAUCAUGAUCUGUGGUGGAGGAGAAUAUCAAGCGCUAGGAAGCCCAUGCGAUCAUACAUGUGGAAGGUUGAAACCCUUACGUGCAACCCCAAAAUGGAGGGUGACAAGCAUGCCGGAAGGUCGAGUAAUGGUUGAAGGAGUACUCCUGCUCGACGGUACUGUUCUGUGGAUCAAUGGAGCCACAGCCGGAGCUCAAGGAUUUGGUCUUGCGGAUCCACCAGCCUUAGAGGCAAUGGUCUAUGACCCAUGGACAUACACCUGGGACAAGAAAGGAAAGUCACCUCUUCCUCGCUUGUAUCACUCAGUCGCUUUGCUCCUACUCGAUGGAACCGUGCUAAUUGCUAGAAGCAAUCCAAAUGAGAUGCCAGUACGCAAAGAUGAGAUUGUGAUGAACGAUACAUCCAAAAAGUUUUGGACCGAGUUCAACACUGAAGUAUGGGUGCCGCCAUAUCUGAGAAAUGGUCGGUGGAAGCUUCGGCCAAUAAUUGAAAAAUUGGCGCCUACAACACUCAACAGGGAUACAGACUUGUACAUUCAAUUCAAUGCUACAAAGGAGAUCAACUUGCACAGAGUGGCAGUCAUCUUGCAUUCAAACGGGUUUGUCACGCAUUCAAUACACAUGGGUCAAAUCAUGGUGUAUCUUGAGAUGAGAGGCUGGAAAAAUGAUCAAUGCAGCCACAGAUAUCAGGUGAUAGCGUCAGUGCCUCGAAACGUUACGCUUGCACCAGGACCGUAUGUGAUUUAUGUUCUGGUUGAUGGAGUUCCUGCGCUAGGACGCUUCAUCACUUGGAGCGCUUGA